AUGCUCUUCUCGGGUCUUCUUAUUAUCUUAUGUUACUUAUUGCCGUAUGGGCGAGGGAUAAACGUACCAUCGCGCGAUGUAGGCUCUGGGGUUGGGCCCCGAGGCCCCUUAGAGGGAUUGGUUACCUGGGACAAGUACUCUAUGAUAAUUCGAGGGGAACGGAUGUUCAUAUUCUCAGGAGAGUUUCACCCCUGGCGCCUGCCGAGCCCAGGUUUGUGGUUGGACAUCUUUCAGAAGAUCAAGGCCCUGGGUUUUAACGCGGUGUCGUUUUAUACCUACUGGGGUCUUGUAGAAGGCACACAGGGGCAAGUGCGCUUCGACGGGGUAUUUGCACUUGACGAAUUCUUCAAGGCCGCCGCAGAGGCAGGCAUCUAUCUGAUCGCCCGACCCGGACCGUAUAUUAACGCCGAAGCGGCCUUGGGUGGCUUCCCGGGCUGGACGGCACGGAUCAAAGCCCCCCUUCGGGGGAGCGACCCGGAAUUUGUUAAUUCAACCGAACUCUACGCUGCUACUGUAGGCAAGUUGAUUGCCGAUGCUCAAAUUACGAAUGGCGGCCCGGUUGUGAUGUUGCAGCCGGAGAACGAAUACGACACAUGGCCGGAUGUCGACGACACCGAUUUCCCAGCUCAGACAAACAGCGACUACAUGGAACAUGUCAAGCAGCAAUUCAAGAAAGCCGGAAAUGUAGUCCCUCAGAUGGUCAACGAUCAUCUUUAUCAAGGAAACUGGGCGCCAGGGAGCGGACUAGGCGAAACAGAUCUGUAUGGUAUAGAUGCAUAUCCUCUUCGCUACGACUGCGCACAUCCCGACGUCUGGCCCAAGAUUCGAUGGCCGGAGAACUGGCAGAUUAUGCACCAGAAGUAUAGCCCUAAUACUCCCUUUUUCAUAGCCGAAUUUCAAGGGGGCUCCGGGACUGGUUUUGGGAGCGUUAAUGCAGAUGCAUGUAACGCGCUCAUCAACCAGGAAGCAGUCCGUGUCUUGUGGAAGAACAACUAUAGCUUUGCUAUCAAGAUCUUCAACGUGUACAUGACAUAUGGAGGAACGAACUGGGGUAACUUGGGGUAUAGAGGCGGCGAUAGCUCGUACGACUAUGGUGCGGCUAUUAAGGAGAAUCGUCACAUCUGGCGGGAGAAAUACUCAGAGGAGAAGCUGGAGGCCAAUUUCUUCAAAGUAUCCCCUGCAUAUCUGACUGCGGUACCAGGAAAUGCGUCAAAUGGAUCCCACGUCUCGACCGAGGAGAUCGCCACCACGCCCUUAUUCGGAACCGACUCCGCCACGAACUUUUACAUCAUUCGGCAUGCUGAUUGGACGUCUAUAAAUACGACAACUUAUAAGCUCAUCGUGCCGACAACCGUCGGCAACAUAUCGAUACCCCAACUCGGCGGGGAGCUAGUGUUGACCAGAAGAGAUUCAAAGAUCCAUUUGACCGACUACGACGUCGGUGGAAUAAACUUGAUUUACUGCACCGCGGAGAUAUUCACAUGGGCCCAAGACGGGCCGGGCAAGAGAACACUGAUCCUUUAUGGCGGAGCUGGGGAGACCCACGAAUUCGCUAUUGGUCUAACAAACUUGGCUACAAGAUCUGCCCAGACGAGUCCCAACGAUACCACUGUGAAGACCAAAUUCCUGGAUUCGAAUACGUUAGUGGUUCAAUGGGAAGUUUCUGUAGAAAGGAAGAUUCUGAGACUUGGAGACGAGCUGGAGGUUCUCUUGUUAUGGCGCAAUGACGCUUACAACUAUUGGGUCACUGAAUUACCAGCAGAGGCUCCAAUCGCGAAUUAUUCUUCUCCAUCUAAAUCCGUCGUCAUCGUGAAGGGUCCUUAUCUAAUCCGCACAGCAGUCCUCGAUGGGGAAGUACUUCGUCUUACCGGAGAUAUUAACUGCACUACCAAUAUCGAAUUAAUCCACGAACCUUCUGGUAAAGUGAAAGCUUUGUCGUUUAACAACAGAGACCUUAGUGCAGAGUACAACGGAGACGGAAAACUUGCCGCACAGUUGUACUUCCAAGCUCCUAGCCUUACUCUGCCCAACUUCGCCUCUUUGGAGUGGAAAUAUAUCGACUCCCUUCCUGAGAUCCAGGCCUCCUACGACGAUUCGAAAUGGGUCAAAUGCGAUAAUCCGUCGACCAAUAACCCACAGCCCCUACUUACUCCGACCUCCCUUUAUGCGAGCGACUAUGGCUUUCAUAGCGGUUCGCUUAUAUACCGUGGCCAUUUCACGGCCAACGGAGAUGAAUCCAGUUUACACCUUAACCUAACCGGCGGGAGCGGCUUCGGCUAUUCACUCUGGCUCAACAACGAGUUCGUUACAUCCUGGGACGGAGCAAGCGGUGGAUCCACACACAACGAUACCAUCUCAAUGACAUCCCACUCCCUCGAGGCCGGCAAGUCCUACGUCUUCACGGUGUUGAUCGACCACAUGGGGCAGGACGAAGAAGCGCCUGGGACGGACGCUAUUAAGGCACCGAUGGGACUUAUCAACUUCGACUUGGACGGACACGAGAAGUCGGAUGUGACGUGGAAGAUAACGGGAAACCUCGGCGGCGAAUCGUACUAUGACCUAGCGCGGGGCCCUCGCAACGAAGGCGGCAUGUUCGCCGAAAGGCAAGGAUACCACCAACCAGAGCCGCCGAGCGAGGAUUGGCAGUCUUCGAACCCCGUCACAGAGGGCAUACGUUCGGCGGGCGUCGGGUUCUUCACGACGACAUUCUCGCUUGAUGUGCCCGCGGGCUACGACGUGCCGCUGAGUUUCGUAUUCGGCAACUCUUCCGCCGCCGCCGCAGCAGGCCGUCAUCGAUGCCAGCUCUUCGUCAACGGCUGGCAGUUCGGAAAGUACGUGGCCAACCUGGGGCCGCAGACCGUGUUCCCGGUGCCGGAAGGUGUGCUCAACCACAACGGUGUGAAUACCGUGGCGCUCACGCUGUGGUCGCUCGACGAGGCUGGCGCUAGGCUUGAGAGCUUUGCGCUCGAGGCUGAGAUGCCGUUGUGGUCUGGGUAUAGGAAGCCGUGGUUGGCCCCCCAGCCGGCGUGGCAGGAACGCCAAGGGGCGUAUUAG